AGGGACACGGAGCUGCACACAGAGCCAGUCUGUUUUCAGCUCCCAGUUCUCUGCCAGACAGCACUCAUCCAUCCACCAUCACACACUCUCCAACACAUCCACUCUCACUGCAACGACAGCUGACAACACCUUUCCAUUUUCUCAGCCGCACCAAAGACCUACACAGUCAGACCUAAAAGCGAAGACAAAAAAAAAAGAAAGAGAAAAAUCCGAUUUUCGUCCUGCUCACACACCGACGCGCAGACACACCAGCUCCGAGGAGGCUGGGUCGAGGCUGGAGAGGGUGACUGGAGAAUGGAAUGGAACCUCAGAAGGAUGGAAAGUGAACUGAGGCACAUCAACCCGGACCUGCUGCAGCCCAGCAAGAGCUUCAAGAAGCCCUCCUCAGGCACCAUCACCCUUAACGUAGGGGGGUUCCUGUACACGGCUCACCGGACCACCCUCGGCAAGCAGCAGGGGUCCUUCCUGGAAGAGCUGGCCAACGGCAAGAAGCCGGUUCAGCACACCGACUCCAUGGGCAACCCCUUCAUCGACAGAGACGGUCCGGUUUUUCGCCACGUGCUCAACUACCUCCGCACCGGAGAGCUGCAGCUGCCCGAUGACUUCCGGGAGGCGGGGCUCCUGCGACGGGAGGCAGAUUUUUAUCGUCUGACUGAACUGGUGGAGGCCGUGGUGGAGUGGGAGAGCCAGAGGGCAGCCCUGCGGGAACCUGCGUUUUUGGAGGUGACGGAUAGCCACGAGAGGUCGCAGGGUCUCAAGGUGUACUGCAGCGACGCCGGCUUCAUCGACAAAGUCAAAGCGCGGCUGGUGCAGAUCUCCAAGAGCCGGCUGGACGGCUUUCCGGAAGAGUUCGUGGUGUCGUCCAACGUGAUCCAGUUCCGACACUUCAUCAAGUCGGAGCCCGGCUCGCGCCUCGUGCUGAAGGAGGACAGCACAUUCCUGUGCACACUUGACUGUCUGAAACUAGAAACAGUGAUGCUAGCGUUAAGAUCCGGCUUCAAGAUGGUCACCAGCCUUGACAGCAGCAAAGGCUCGGUGGUGGCGGCCGAGGCCCUGCACUUUGUCAAGUAGAAAGACGGGAAACAGAGGGGAGGAGAGAGGGAGGCAGAGAGGGGGAAGAGUAGUGCCUGAUUCCACAUCCACACUGCUAAUGUAAGGCAUUGGUUUGAAAGUCUUGUAAGAUGUUCGAAGCUGUAAUGUGUCAGUGGGUAGGAGGAGGAGGACAGGUGGGUCGGACCGCUUCACAGAACUGUGUUUAUUAUCGUUGCUGCACAACAAGUGGUUUACAAACACGAGACGUGAGAAGUUCUGAUCUGUAUCAGUAGAACGGCAUUUUGGCAUCAACCUUUGCACUGCUUUGUAAGCUAGUAUUAACAGCAUUCAAAGCGAGCCGAAGCAUCUUAACAUUAAUGACAUCUAAAUUGCAUCCGGUUAGGUAUCGCACAAAGCAUCAGUAACACGGAAGAAGAGCCAAACGUGAAUCCUUCUUUAUAGAAAACAAACGGGAAACUGAGAAACAUCGACAGCUUUAUCAGUGGGUCUGUUUCUGCAAAGCUUCUGCUGCUUUGUCAACGGCCGCAAAAGCCCUCGAAAACCAGGCGUGACGUGCACCGAGGUGCCAUUCAGCUUCUACUACAGUCUGUGUGUGUGCGUUGCUAUACACCGUGCGUGCUGUGUUUAGUUGGUUUAAUAGCUUGUGUUUAGUUUAUUAGCUUCUCUGGAGCUUGAAGGGAAAACCACAGCUCAUUAAGGUCGCCUUGGAUGGACAAACAAGCCUCACAUCCAAAUGUCAAGCUAAGUCGAAGUGCAAAGAACUGUGAUUAUUGUAAGGGCUUUGAAUCUAGCAUGAUGCAUGUGCACUAAAUAAACUGUGUUUGUUAGUGCUGUGAGCCUCUGUGAAACCAGUGCCACAACAAUGCCUUUUACUUUUCAAUGUGAAUAUUUUGCCAAUAAAAGUGAGACCAAAA